CGGACGGUAGCAUAUAAGCUGGGGCCGCCCGCGGACACCUCAGUCACUCCUGGGAUAGUGGUGAGCAAGUAACUAUUGGUGACCGACCACUCUCAACACAAGGGCCAGCUACAAGGAUGUGGUCGUUUUUAGCGGUGGUGGUAGUAACGGUGGCGACAGUGGUUACUGCCACUCCGAGGGAACGAAGACAGGCUGGUGACGAAUGCUUCUGGUGGGAGCCGGGCUGCACCACCCCAGUUGAUCCAACUAAAGACGGCACUGGGAACCCAGCCGAACCUGUAUCUGUCGAAACCCCAGUGCCUGUGGAGCGCGUCGUGGGAGACGGCAACUAUGCAAGCUGCAAUGGUGGCGAGGGCAGCUGUGUGCCCUACUACCUGUGCAAGGAAGGCGAUAUCAUUACCGAUGGAGCUGGACUCAUCGACAUAAGAUUUGGAGGGAACACCACCGCUUCUCGGUCGAGUUCCGAGUGUCCACAGUUCCUGGACGUGUGUUGCAACAACCCACAGAACACAGUGCCCCCUACUCCCAUACCCUACACUUCCGACUGUGGUCGCCGUAACCCUCAGGGAGUCAACGCUCGCAUCCUCGGCUUCAAGGAUAACCAGGCGCAGUUUGGCGAGUUCCCGUGGAUGAUUGCGGUCCUGAGGCAGGAAGAAGUGGUGAUUGACAAGCCUGUUAACCUGUACGUAUGUGGAGGUUCACUGAUCCAUCCUUCUAUUGUGCUCACCGCCGCCCACUGCGUCGCCUCUUGGGAGGCUGGCGUGCUCAAGGUCCGGGCUGGAGAAUGGGACACCCAGCGUACCUAUGAACUCUUCCCUCACCAGGACCGUAAUGUGGCCAGGGUCGUCGUUCACCAGGGCUAUAAGUCUGGUCCUCUCUUCAAUGACUUUGCCCUCUUGUUCUUAGAUCAACCAUUUGAGUUGGCGCCCAAUGUUGAUACACUAUGUCUCCCUAAUCAGGACCAGAACUUGCUUGGAACAGAGUGCUGGGCGACAGGCUGGGGCAAAGAUAGAUUUGGAAAGGAAGGAGAAUUCCAAAAUGUUUUGAAGAAGAUUAAACUGAGUCUUACUCCCAACGAUAAAUGCCAAGCUGCUCUAAGAACUACUAGGUUGGGUAAAUUUUUCAAUCUGGACAAAUCUUUCAACUGUGCGGGAGGUGAAGCCGGGUUAGACACGUGUAAGGGUGACGGUGGUUCCCCACUGAUGUGCCAGGUAGCACCCAACAAGUUCGUGCAGGCCGGCAUCGUAGCAUGGGGCAUUGGAUGUGGAGAAGGUGGCAUCCCAGGCGUAUAUGCCAACGUGCCCUAUGCCAGCAAGUGGAUCAAAGAUACAGCAAAUUCAGUACUACCUGAAAUGAAGGUCACCGUUGGAGAUUACUGGGAUUAUAUACCAUCGUAAUUUUGCACAUGUACGAGUAUUUUAGCCAUGUAAAGUAAGGAGCGUACCUCCCGACUGAACAAGCCAAGAUGCUUGCGUUAGAGCCAUAUUUAAACCAUAUGGUAAAUGUCUGGGAAGACAGGAGUUGGUAGUGUAGAACCAUCCUGCGUAGCAACAGCACGGUAUUGACCCCCACAGGAAAAUUAAACAAUCUUUGGUGUCGAAUAUCUAAGAUUCCAAAAUUAUAUUUAUAACUGUCACGUGGGACAAUAACAGUUGUGUAGGUUUUUGUCAUCAGGUGUAUGACAAAAUACUCCUGAUGACAGGUGUAUGACACAGGUCCAGGUCCACAAUGAUGGACCUGGACCUGUGCUGAUGAACCUUGAGUCUAGUGUCCUGACAUAUAUUGGCAACAUCAAAUUGUCCAGGUCCCUGCAUGUUCUAUAUUUAAGCUGAAUAUAUUUAUGUAAAUAAACAAAAAAAUAUUAA